AUGGCUGCUUCGGCGGCCUUCGCGGCGGUGGCGGUCAUGAUGCUGGCGGCAGCGCACUUGGCCGUUGCGGCGGCGGCUCCGGUGACGGCCCCAGCCUUCCUCUGGGCGCCUGAGAACUAUGGUUCCCACGAGGCUAAAGGAGUAGUCCACUAUCAGACAAUGUCACCGGCAAGUUUAGCAAAAUCUGUUCUUGAUGAAGGUGGCUGGUCAAACUUGGUGUGUUCAAGGGAGGGCUCCUAUAAGGCUGUUGACAUUGCAGUUGUUUUUCUUGGCUCGAAGCUACAAUCGUCAGACAUCUCUAAAGAUAAGCAAGCUGAUACAUCUUUGGCAGACACACUAAAGCUCUCCUUCACAGGCUCAGAGUUUUCCAUGGCAUUCCCUUAUGUUGCUUUGACAGAUAAUGACAAAUUGGAGAGCUCAUUGCUAUCUGGACUUGCUGAGAAUUGUGACAAUGAUUUUCACGGAAACCACAUCACAUACACAGACACGUGUACUGUAAGUGGUGAAGAUCUGAAGAAACAUCAAAGCAUGGAUUCUAUUCGCGACUUAGUGAUGUCACGGGAGAGAAGCAAUCCAAGGGGAAAGGCUGAUCUAAUUGUUUUCUGUAAUGGUGGUUUCAAGGAUUUAGAUAAUGCAAAAUCAGAAGGGGAGUUGCUUUCCGAGCUGGUUUCUGUGCUGAAAAUGUCUGAGGCCAGAUAUACAGUUCUUUAUGCUUCCCAACCCUAUGGUUUACUGGAGAACCUUUCCAACCUACCAUUAGCCAGGUAUCUUGCAGAGAAGACCAACACUACUACUAAAUCUGGCCUAGGCAAAUGUGAUGGGGAGUGCCUAGUAAAAUCAAGUCUUCUGGAAGGAACUUUUGUUGUAAGUUACCUGGACUCUGUUUUGUUACUGGGACUAGUGCUGCUGAUCAUUUUGAUAUCAGGACUAUGCUGUAUGAUGGGAAUCGAUACCCCCUCGAGGUUUGAGGCUCCCCAGGAUUAG